UAAAAAUCGAAAAAAAAAAAAAGUGAACCCGCAGAGUGAGUGAGUAGGUUACUGGAAAGAGGAAUGGAGAAGGAAGCCGAAUUGGGUGAAAAGGAGUUUGAACAAAUGGUGCGGGCUUUGCCUUCCGAUGCUGUCAAGGAGUUAUUGUCGCACGGGGUAUGCACUCGCUGCAUCUUUCGCCUCUUCGGCCUCCAAGGCCCCGUCUAUGCUUCUCCUCCCUCCCUCUCUUCCCUCUUCGAUGCAACACAACAAGAUUGCCUUUGCACACUUUGCUUAGGGAUUCUGCAGUUCACAUAUUCUAAUGUUCAAAACGACAAUCUCCCUCUUCUCAUUGCUGACAUGGUUAAACGACAAGCCUAUCAGUUCGAUACCUUUUCCCUUGAAGUUUCCAUUCCACCUAUCAUUAUCGAUGAUGUUAACUUUCUUUGCUCCUAUAUGAAAACCAAAUAUGGAUCCCAACCUUGGUUCCAAGAAAACUUGCACAGUGGAUGCAUCUCUACAAAGGACGCCUUAAAAUUUUCUCUUAUCUAUCCUCUUCAAAAUCUUCUGGAAUGUAAAUCAAAUAUGGGCCCUUUCCGCAUUCGUUUAACAUAUACUCACACAAAAGGGAAUGAUAAAUCUUCCGAUUGUGCUGCUGAGACUUGCAAGAGAAGAAAAAUAGGUGAGCCAAGCAUAGUUGGAGAAAGAUCUUUUAGCAGUACACUUGAAAAUGAUUCCUCUGACUGCUGUAAAUUCUUGCUAGAAAAGGCAAAUGAGCCUUGCCAUUUUACUUACAGUUGCUACAGGACGCCUUUCUAUUUUGGUGGAAGAUACCUAAAGUAUUCACGGAAUGUGAGUCAAACACGCUGGAUCAUUGAUGAUGAAAGAAUGGGAGAAGCAUCAGUUGAGGAAAUAAUUGGUGGAAACAUCCUCCAAGCCUGCCAAGGUGAUAGUUUUAAGUUUCAUGCUGCAGGCAGAGAAGAUAUUGAUGUCCGGAUGUUGGGUCCAGGCAGGCCAUUUCUUGUUGAGGUGCAAAAUGGAAGACAUAUCCCGUCUGAACUGUUUGUAAAAGAUAUAGAGAAAACGAUAAAUAAAAUGGAGAAUAAACUGGUUAGGGUGAAAAAUCUGAAACUUGUUGGUAGUGAUGGAUGGAACCUUAUGCGUGAAGGUGAAGCAGAGAAGCAGAAACAAUAUGCUGCUUUGGUGUGGAUUUCUCGUCCUCUAAAGGAUGAAGAUAUUCAAUGUGUUUCUUCACUCAAGGAUUUGAAAGUUUUGCAGAGGACUCCUAUAAGGGUGCUACAUCGUCGCAGUCCUUUAGAGCGGGAAAAGAUUAUUCAUUGGAUGAAAACAGAGACAAUUGCGGGAAGUUCCCAAUAUUUUCUUUUGCACCUAUGUACACAGGCUGGGACCUACAUCAAGGAAUUUGUUCAUGGGGAUCUUGGACGCACCCAUCCUAGCAUUGGAUCAAUUUUGGGUUGCAGAGCUGAAAUUUUGCAACUUGAUGUCACAGACAUCAAAAUGGAGUGUUUCCUGACAUAAUCCGGUUUUAAAUCUGGUUGCUUGACUUUGGAGUGGACAGUGGUCUGAUGAAAUGAUAGACUCCAUGUGCAUCUUCAACUGGAGCUGCUUUCUUCUAGUAGUAAAAGAUUUCGUAGAACUGUAUCUUUUCGUAGAGACAAGAGGACAAGUAUUUUAUUUCGGUCCCCAUAAGUUAGUGCCCUUGAGCAACGUAGAAAGAAAUCCUAAAAUAAUUUAUGUUGAGAUUAAAAGAAUUUAUUUUAUUUUGGUCUAAAAUAUAAUUUUCAUUAUUAUACUUGACUAUUAUUGAGCAAUUUAA